CAAAGGGAUGAUAUGCUGGCCAGAGAGAAAUGUCCUAACUGCACCCUCCAAAUGCCUAUCCCUUUUUCUGUCAUAGUGCAAUUGACAGAUCAUUGAUUCACCAAAAGCCCCAUAACCUUUUAAAAACCUCCUCCUCAUCAGUGUUGCGUUGAAAAUACGUGAACAGGUUACAUGGAGCUCAUUUUUCUUUUCUUGUGGGGCUUGCUCAGAUCCGGAGAGGCAGAUGGACAUGGAAAUGGGAAGUGCUCCACCCCACACUACAUUGAGUUCGCUGAGAUUACCAUUGACAGGGUCAUGGUGGGCAGCAAGGUGCGAUACAUGUGUGAAGCUGGCUAUAGAAGGAUAAUUGGGAAGAGUAAUUUGAUUGUCUGUACCAACGAUACUGGGCUUAUUCACUGGACCACAAAAGCUUCUGUAUGUGAACAGGACUCCAGGGCUACUUCACAACCGUCAGAAAGAAAACCUGAGUAUCCAGUCACCAUCGUGCCAUCUGACACAGCAGGUUAUUGUGGGAUACCCAGCCCUGUGGAACAUACCACACCUAGGGUGACAGAGUAUGCCGUGGGUCAGGAACUGCAUUACAAGUGUCUGCGUGGUUACGAUGCUCGGCCCCCAACCUCUGAUAUCAGCACAUGUAAGGAAGAGCAUGGGAAAACCUUCUGGACAAGGCCAAGUCUGCUGUGCACUAAUGACAGCAAGAGUGAAGAAGAGAUGACACGACCGAUUCCAAUAACAGAUACAUCAGAGCUUUUCCAUGUCCCAUCACUGAUGUUUCCUGUCACAGGGAAGUGCUUCGCCCCACACUACAUUGAGUUCGCUGAGAUUACCAUUGACAGGGUCAUGGUGGGCAGCAAGGUGCGAUACAUGUGUGAAGCUGGCUAUAGAAGGAUAAUUGGGAAGAGUAACUUUAUUGUCUGUACCAACGAUACUGGGCUUAUUCACUGGACCACAAAAGCUUCUGUAUGUGAACGGGACUCCAGUGCUACUUCACAACCGUCAGAAAGAAAACCUGAGUAUCCAGUCACCAUUCUGCCAUCUGACACAGCAGGUUAUUGUGGGAUACCCAGCCCUGUGGAACAUACCACACCUAGGGUGACAGAAUAUGCCGUGGGUCAGGAACUGCAUUACAAGUGUCUGCGUGGUUACGAUGCUCGGCCCCCAACCUCUGAUAUCAGCACAUGUAAGGAAGAGCAUGGGAAAACCUUCUGGACAAGGCCAAGUCUGCUGUGCACUAAUGACAGCAAGAGUGAAGAAGAGAUGACACGACUGAUUCCAAUAACAGAUACAUCAGAGCUUUUCCAUGUCCCAUCACUGAUGUUUCCUGUCACAGGGAAGUGCUUCGCCCCACACUACAUUGAGUUCGCUGAAAUUACCAUUGACAGGGUCAUGGUGGGCAGCAAGGUGCGAUACAUGUGUGAAGCUGGCUAUAGAAGGAUAAUUGGGAAGAGUAACUUUAUUGUCUGUACCAACGAUACUGGGCUUAUUCACUGGACCACAAAAGCUUCUGUAUGUGAACGGGACUCCUGGGCUACUUCACAACCGUCAAAAAGAAAACCUGAGAAUCCAGUCACCAUCGUGCCAUCUGACACAGCAGGUUAUUGUGGGAUACCCAGCCCUGUGGAACAUACCACACCUAGGGUGACAGAAUAUGCUGUGGGUCAGGAACUGCAUUACAAGUGUCUGCGUGGUUACGAUGCUCGGCCCCCAACCUCUGAUAUCAGCACAUGUAAGGAAGAGCAUGGGAAAACCUUCUGGACAAGGCCAAGUCUGCUGUGCACUAAUGACAGCAAGAGUGAAGAAGAGAUGACACGACCGAUUCCAAUAACAGAUACAUCAGAGCUUUUCCAUGUCCCAUCAGUGAUGUUUCCUGUCACAGUUGCUGUCUCUACUGUCUUCCCAAUCAUUUUCAUCAUUUUGGGGUGGAUCAUCGUAUCGAAACUAUGGAGACGGAGGAGUUUGACAGAAGAUGUCAAGAUUGAAAAGACAAAGUCCAUUCUAAUAACAGCAGCAAGUGUGGAAAUGGAGAGUGAGGAGGAAGCUCACAGACUAAAAUCUAAUAUGUGAAGGAAGUAGCAGAUGUUUCACUUUAAUGCUCGAGUUGGAUUGCCCUGGGACAGACUGGUUCCUGCCUAGAGCCAAGAUAUCGGAGCUCUCAAUGCUAGGAAAAGACAUAUAGCACAUGCAAUAUGGGCCGUAUUGUUAUUAACAGACAAAGAACUUCUUUCACAUUCAUUUCAAGUUGCUACUAUGUAUGUAUCUUGAAGAACAUUAGAGUUAAAAACCUAAACAAUUAAAAGUAUGGAAAUCACCAGUUAAGAGCAAGUAGAUACAUAUUCAAAUAUAUUCAUAGCUUAUAUAAUCUCUUUUUUAAAAGGAACGUGUAAAAUAUCACAUUGGAUAUUCCAGAAAUAGCCUUCAAUCUGCCCCUCAAUCCCUGCCUAACCUGAAAGUGUUUACCAGAAAUGCUCUUCACCCUCCUCUCUUAUAUCAAAUGUAUUUCCAAUAUGGGCUAUAAACUCUCACAAACUACCAGCCAGCACAUGUGGUCCACAGGCCUAACCAGACUAUGUGGCCAUUAUUAGACAGAGACACCAAUAUCAUGACGCUUACUCCUCCUGUACAAGCCACAUAUCUGACUCUCCCCAUCCCAUCUCUGACUGCUACACUCAAGAGAUCACAGAAGAUCUUAUUUUCCACACAUUGCCCAGAAAUGACACCUUUCUCGCACACUCCCUAUUCUACUUUGUGGGAGGAAAACCCAGUAAACCCCAAUCACUCUUUUCAUGUGAGCUGAAAAGCUCAUCAUACCCUCUUCCUCCUCUCACUGUGAACCAGAGGCUUCACUUUGCACAUACAGACCACACAUCCAUCCCCUCUACCCUUAUAUUUCAGACUAUCCCAUUGAUCAGAGCAGGCUAGUACAUUGUUUAGCAUAAAGGAAGGAAGGGUGUUGGCCUUGUCUGUAGAGCAGUGCUCCCCAAACUGUGGGGUGCACCGCCCUACGUGGGUACAGAGGAACAUUUGGGGGGGGGCAUGUGGCAAGUCCUGGGCCAGCCCCCACAGGGGGCAGGGAGGGAGUGCCACCCAACCCCACUCUGACCUAAGCCCAGUUCCAGCUCCGGCCCCAGCUCCACUCCACCCCUUGCUCUGCCCCCAACCCAACUCCAGCCCCACUCUGCCUCCUGCUCCGUCCCCAGCUCCAGCUCCAGCUCCACUGCACCCCCAGCCCAGCUCUGCCCUCAUUCCCUCUCUGUCCCCAUGCCAGCUCUGCUUCUAGUCCCAGCUGCUCCCCCAUCCCCAGUUCGGCCCCCAGCUCCGCCUUCAGACCAAGCAGCUCUGCUGAGCCAACUGUGCAGUAAUGCAUGGGGGAAGCGGACAGAUUCCAUUACUGGUAAGGGGGAUGCAAGAGGAACAGUCUGGGCACCACUUCUGUACAGCGUAUCAAGAAAUACUUGACAGCUCAUUCUGCCAAAGUACUCGGGGCCCUGGUAUAGAGGGGCAGAAUUAAGUAUGACUUUGGAAUACACAAACUGAUAUUUGACAUGUAUAUUUAUUUAUGGGAUUGUAUGAACUGCAAGUGCAUUUGAAUAUUUAUCUACCUUCCCAUAACUGCUCAUUUUAUACUAUUGUAGACUACUAGACUCUUGGGGUGACUCCAAGAAUGGGAACUACAGCAUCCUGGCUCAGCCUUAUAUUCUGCACCACUGGCUUGUUAAUUCUUUUCAUUUUUUUUCUUGCUCAGUAUUCUUGAUAGUUAUACUUUACAUGCUUGACACUGAAUCCUGUUGGGAUAGACCUAGCUCAUUAUAUGAAUAGCUUUGUUAAGGUGAGCAGCUGAUUAUCUAAUCUCAGUGCAUUAUAGAAUGUUUGUACAACAUUUUACCUUUAGAUGCUAUUAUUUUGGGUGGGAAAAGGAGAAGAUCUAUAUUUAUGUAAUAGGGUGGAUUGUUCACACCCUUCAGCUGCUGCAAGGGCUCCAAGUCCUGACAGAUUGGGAUUCAAUAAACCAGGGGUUC